CCGACAGUAAGAGAGUAGCACACGCACAGCAAAAUGACAGACAGAGUGAGCUUCAGCACACCCAAAGUCAACCCUCGGCCCACUGCAGCUCCCGUGCUCCCCCCUGAGCCAAUAGACAUUAUCCGCAUCAAGGCACGUUCACGGCGGGUCAGGCUUAAUGUCGGAGGUCUCACACAUGAAGUCCUGUGGAGAACACUGGACCGGCUGCCCAGAACCCGUCUUGGACGUCUUAGAGACUGCAACACCCAUGAGUCACUGCUGGAGAUCUGCGAUGACUACAGCCUCACUGAGAACGAGUACUUCUUUGACCGGCACCCAGUGGCCUUCUCCUCCAUCCUCAACUUCUACAGAACAGGGAAGCUGCACAUGAUGGAAGAGAUGUGUGCCCUGUCCUUUGGCCAGGAGCUGGACUACUGGGGAAUUGAUGAGAUCUACCUGGAAUCAUGCUGCCAGGCACGGUACCACCAGAAGAAGGAGCAGAUGAAUGAGGAGCUGAGGAGGGAGGCGGAGACGCUUCGGGAGAAUGAGGGGGAGGAAGGGGACCAAGGCUGCUGCCCCGACAAGAGACAGAAGCUCUGGGAUCUGCUGGAGAAACCCAGUUCAUCUGUGGCUGCAAAGAUCCUGGCUAUGAUAUCCAUUCUGUUCAUCAUCAUUUCCACCAUCUCGUUGUCCCUCAACACUCUGCCAGAGCUUCAGGUGGUAGAUGAAUUUGGCCAAUUCAAUGACAACCCUAACCUAGCCCAUGUGGAAGCUGUCUGCAUUGCCUGGUUCACAAUGGAGUACAUGCUGCGCCUGCUUUCAGCACCCAACAAGUGGGAUUUCAUCAAAGCACCACUGAACAUUAUUGAUUUGCUGGCUAUAUUGCCUUACUAUGUGACCCUCUGCCUAACUGAAUCUAACAAGAGUGUGAUGCAGUUUCAGAACGUGCGCCGUGUUGUCCAGAUCUUUCGAAUUAUGAGGAUACUGAGGAUCCUGAAGCUUGCCAGGCACUCGACAGGACUGCAGUCUUUGGGCUUCACUUUGCGAAGGAGCUAUAACGAGUUGGGUCUGCUGAUCCUCUUCUUAGCCAUGGGCAUUAUGAUCUUUUCUAGCUUGGUGUUCUUUGCUGAGAAAGAUGAGGAUGCCACUAAAUUCACAAGUAUUCCUGCCUCCUUCUGGUGGGCUACCAUUACUAUGACCACUGUUGGUUAUGGAGACAUCUAUCCACAAACGCUGCUGGGCAAGAUUGUAGGAGGACUUUGCUGCAUAGCAGGUGUAUUGGUCAUUGCCCUUCCAAUCCCAAUCAUUGUCAACAACUUCUCUGAGUUCUACCGAGAGCAGAAGAGGCAGGAGAAGGCCAUCAAAAGGAGGGAAGCUCUUGAAAGAGCCAAACGAAGUGGAAGCAUUGUUUCUAUUAACCUAAAGGAUGCUUUUGCACGAAGUAUGGAACUCACAGAUGUCUUGGUAGAAAAGAGAGAGGACAGCAAGUUACCUGUGGACAAUCACCUGUCACCCAGUCGCUGGAGCUACCACAAACACUACUGCAAUGCAGAGGUGGGUAGCCCAGGCAGGUCCCAACAUUCACAUUACCAGGAAGUGGCUCAGCUGGGCUCUCCUGAACGAAUGAAGCCUUUGUCUAACAAAACUACCCCUCAACACCUCAACACAAAGCGGGUGGAUGACACUUACAAUGAGACACCGUCUAUCCCAGAGCAACAAGAAAAAAAUACUGAGGAGAAGAUAGAGAUGAAAGAGUUGACCUCAACCGAAGCCCGUCAAACUUCGCCUGAAAUGAGCAUUGCCAGGAAAUCCUCCAUUGUGGCUGAUGAUUUUUCUAUUGGGAGAGGAGAACGAAGCUCUCUGCUCCCUCGUGCUGAAGGGGGUCAAGGUGGAAUUAGACACCAGCGUAUCCCCCCUCCCUUGGAUCUAAGUCAGAUCAGCACCAUGGAGGUGAACAGGGCCCCUGACAGCAUCCAGCCAAUGACUAUCAUCAAAGAGGGCUUGUAUGAAUUUGUGUCCAGUCCCAGAGGAAGUGGGACUGGAGAUACAGGUUUGGCAUCACGGAACGUGGAAAGCUUUGGGAUGACCUACGACACCAUCUGCAGCUCCUUGCGAGAUUAUAUUAGCCCUCAAAAGACAACAGCCCUCAAGGUUGACUUCAUUGAAUCCCAAGAUGAUGUGCUAAUGGCUGUAAUGACACCUGUGGCAACCUCAGCCUCCUCCGGCUCCAACCUUGCUCAACUACUUUCUGAAGACAUGGUUUCCAGUUUUUCUACAUCUCCUAGCUCUACAACCCAGGAAGGUAAAUCUCCACUGGCGAUCCUUCAAUCUACAUGUCUGGCCCAGCAAUCUGUUAGUCCAAGCAACUACCAGGGGGGAGGUGAGGGCUCAGUAGCCAGGAGCUUAGAAGGUGAAGGGCAGCUCACCAGCUUAAGCCAGCAGGGGAGGAAUCACAUGGAGAGGUCUGCUCUCAGCUCAGGCAGCAUUGCUAGCCCACUGUUGGCUAAAGGCAGCCCGCUCAACUGCACCCAGGAGCUAGUAACAAUGGAGGGAGUGGAGGGAGGAGAAGGGAGAGAGGGAGCAGAACAGAGUGGAGAGAAAAGAGAAAACCACAUUGUUCUGGAUGGAAACCUGACACCGCCCUGUGAAACGAGCAUGUGAACCUAAAAGUGCAGAAAGGUUCACAGACAGGCACUCCAAAUGGACGGGUAAAGAAUAAGAUUGCUGGGAUUAAUGACAGCAACUACCCAGAAUAAACUGCAAUAACUAUUACCCAGUGUGGACACAGAUACGCGCGUUAAACAAAACUAACAAAACUAUCAUACAGUUGUAGUUUUUCUGCAGCGAUGCAGUGAUCAUAUCCCAUGAGACUUUUGGACUCUCAUCUGUUUUUGAUGAGCACUGCUGUCCACAAACAACAUCUGUGCAUUGUUGUCACAUGGCUUUAUUACUGGAUACUAAAGGAAGUUAGGAGCACAUGUUCACAUGAUUUGAAAGACGCUGUCUCUUCUCAAUGUUGUUGACCUUUUCUUUAAAGACCAGACUGAAAACAGUGACAACUGAUUAAUCAUUUAGGGCUCAGACCUGAGCAUAAAUGAAGCCUUGUGUAAAUGAGAAUAUUUAGGACUAACCUGAUGAGUUUUUGUGUACAGCUCAACAGGUAUAAUUUGCAGUUUCCUAUUUCUUGAUAUAUAGGCCUAUUUCUUGUGAUGGACAAAUAACACUAAGGAAAGACAGAAGGUGGAAGGAAAAAAUAUCUUUUUUUACAAUUGCCUAAGCAACUUUUGAAAAUUUGCAAGACUUGAAAAAACAGUAAUGAGUCUUUACUCUAUAUUAUGGGUCUUCCUCACACACCAUUCUGUCACGCCAAGUGUUGCGCUCUUGUAAGGACCCAGAUCAAACUGUAUCAAGCACAUGAUACAGGACCAAAAUUCCAAAGUUAUUUUUAUUGUCUUCAUUGGACACAGUCCAAGAAGACAUAUGUAUCUACCAAAUCCUGAACACUGAUGUUUGUCUGUUUUAUGUAUGUUUUGUUUUUAUGUAUUUGUUUUGUUUUUUGUCUUUCCUUUUUACCUGAAAUCAAAGCUGGGUCUUGAAGGUGAAAAGGGAAUAGAAUAGGGAUGCAAAGGCAGUAUUCACUGCAAGAUCAGUAUUUGCAUGCACUUCUAGAAUCAAAAAUCCUAAAAAAUAUAAAAGCUUAGGACACGGCACUCUAGAUUCAUAUGGUGACUGGUGAAAUGAGCAGAUAUGUAGACAUAAAGACAGGAAAAUGCAGAAGGAUGGGGAAUAAGUUCACUGGUUAUUCAUAUGUUGAUCAUCACACACCGCCUGUGUCAUGCUCAUGGGCUCCUCUUUCAGUGUUAUGCAUUUCUGUAUUGUAACAGGCUCUUCUCCCAUCCUUUAUCAAAAACAUUUACUUGCUGCUUGUUUAAUGAUGUCAUCAGGCUAAAUUCAGUAAUGUCAAGUGUGUAUUAAAUAUUGAAGAAGAGCAUUCAAACACACCAUUUGUUUUGGUCUUAUCUUAUUAACGGAUAAUUCCAAUUUAUUACAUCUUGGGUUAUGUUUUGUAGCUUUGACUGUCAGUUCAAGUGAAUAGCUGAGGCCUUGGAACAUCAAUAAAAAGAAGACAUUUUACAGACCCUCCACUCUCCUUAGGGCCCCAGUAUCAUUCAGACAAACUACCUGUGAUUUGAAGGGGCGAGGCAGAGGCCACCAUUUUUGGUGAUUUUUCCAAAACAACAACAACAACCUAACAAUCACUUCUACAAUGAUGGGCAUUUUUGUGGAUGUGUGAGAGCAGACAAGGUUUAAACUUUUCUCUCAAGCUCCUAUAACACUUAUUUGUGAACAGCUGAAUGCAACACCAUGAAUGCUUUUGAAAAGAGAUUGUCUGAAAGUGUGUGUCAUUUCCUCCAUUUGUACUUUUCAUUUAGUCAGGACUAAAAAGACCUCAAAAUGGCACAGAGCAUACUGAAUCUAUCACGGCAGUUGAGUGCACACAGUUUCUCUGGACAAUAAAGGAUUACUAGCAACAUAUCAAGUGUGUUUAUCCAUAUUAUUGAAAUUACUUCAUUUUAAGGUACAUCAGUAGCUUGUUUCUUUCCUUUCUGAUCAUCAGACUGUGUACGUUUCUUAACUCCACAGACUUUGCUGUAGCAAAGUAGACACGCUCCCAGACAAUGUGGAGACUAUCAUGGCAGAUGGACAAAACAAAUCAAAAUAAAACCAAGUGGUAAGAAAACAAAUAAAUCAUUUGAGGGAGGAAGUGCAUGUCAACCUACUGGCCUUCAGUUCUGCAAAGGCUUCAUCAUUGAAGCCCAAUGAAGGACAUGGUCCCUGAACUCAUGUGACUCCACACUGCCUACCCCUGUCUCCUCGAAAUUAUAUUUAUAUAAAACAAAUUUUAAUUCAUAAUUAUAGUGCACUAACAAAUGUAAUCACUGCCUGGAUUAUCUUCAGGGUCAAAGUUUCUUUGAGUGAAUGAAACACUACAUUUAUUUACCACACAGGAGUUGCAGGGACAUGGUUGGGGUUGAUGGCAGGUAUACAAAGUGCAGGACUAUGAUACCAGAAUCCAGGGUUCAUGCGCAGACUGUGGUUAGGUUUACACAACAAAAGCAUUUUGGUGAAGGUCAGGUAAAGAUCCAAUGAUCUUUUCCCAAAAGUGUAGUCAGUGCCUAAACACAACCAUUAAAAAGCUGAAUAAUGCUGUAGUCACUAUGAGUGGAUAGUGUGUGGGUACGUUAAUUAACACCAUUUCCUCAUUAUGUUAACAGACACAAUUUGGUCUGCAUUACAUUUCCUUCGAAACAUUUCUGGUGUUGCUAUUUAGUUUUAUAUAAAUGUCAUUUGUACUGUUACCCAGCACAUAUUUAUAUAUAAGGACUGGAGAGGGACAAAGACGGGAAGUGUGUCUGUGUGAGUUCUUUUCCAUGGGUGCUGAUUGUAUUGUAAAGGUAGUCUAAGAGUGCCCUCUACAGGUAUUCUCAAGGGACUUGAAUGAAAGGACCUGAUGCCUCUUUUGCAUAAUCUUAUUUAAUUAAUAUUGUUUUAUUAGAUCAGCUGUGCAUUAAUUUGAACGCAUGUUGACACAUUUAAAUGCACAUUUAAUUGUGUGCACAAUGGAUUACUCACGCACAACACAGAGUAAGUGUCUAGUAAUGGGACCAGUCACAAGGUGAAACAUGAAUUGUAACUGUGUUUUCAAGUAUACUUACUCUUUCUAGAUUAAGAUAUCAUAUUUUUGUUGUCAGUUAAAAUUAACUCAUUGCAUUUUUAUAAGAGGAACAUGAAGUUGUAUGUUGUUAACAUCUCAGUGUAUUUAAAGAAAUAGGUGCCUUUUCAUAAAUAGACAAUUUAUGAGAAGGUAAAAAAAAAACUCUGUAUCCUCACUAUGACCAGAUGUUUUCUUUUGGUUUUUGUUGUUAUUUCUCUCUUGUUUAUCUAUGUUUAGUGGAUAUGUUGAUGUGCAAAUCCUCAGGUUACUUUACUUUUGUGUUGUUCUCGAAUCAAUUUCAACAGUCAUCAGUCAGUCAUCUAGUUUAAUUUUCAUGCAACAUAGCUUGCAGUUCUAACCUCACUGUGCCACAAUGUCUUUUUUUCAGCAAAUGCAAGUCUUUGUAGAAAGCAGUGGCUUCAGUUACAUUCAGAAGUGAGUGAGCAAUAUACUAUGUAUUUAUACUGCACACUUUACUAGAUGGACAGUGACAUUCAAUAAGGAAUGGUUAACACAAAGAAAGAUGACACCACAGCAUGUGGAAAAUGAUCACAAUAAAGACACAUGACAACCAAUCAACAUCAACUUCUGUACAGUAGCUUUAGAGAUGCAGUGUGAGAUAAUAAAAUGACUCUUUUUUUAAGCCUUGUAAGUUUUUGGGGGCACUUGUUUGUAACUGUGUUCAUGUCAUUUCUGGGAGCCAGUAUCCCAGGCAGGCCAAUCAAGGCUGUUGAUUAGAUAAGAGUGCUUUAGUAAGCACAGUAUGAUCUCACAGUAAAUUCCUUUUUUUAAAAAAAGAAGAAAAAAUGGAAAAAAAAAAUAUUAUCCUGCUUGAUAUGAAGAACACAUGGACUCAGCCAGAAUGGGUAUUUACAAUAAAGUAAGCAACACCAUGACCAAAGCUAUAUCUUAUUCCUUAUCAGUAAAGUCAACAUAACAGUAACCAAAAUGACUUAAACAUGAUGCAACUAUUUUUAAGUAAUUAAGGUAAAUUUGCAAAAGCUACGGACUGCAACUUGGAACAGGGUAGCCCAGGUGGGCUCUGUUCAAAUGAGAAUGAGAAUUUAGUGGUGGAGUACAUAAUGUACAUUGCUGGUUCACCUCUGUCCACACGUGAAAUGAAUCAGUGCAGCUCUGCCCGAUUUGUUUGGUCAGAUGUUCUGUGGUACAGAAAGUGUCGGUUUAUCACUGCUGCAGGUGUAAAUGUUUACCUUCCGUUUCAGGCGACAAAAACAAUUAAAGCUGCAAGCGGCGAUAAAGGGCCCUCGCACCUACGGCUCGAAGACAAUGUCCUGUCCUGACCUGUCACUCAGGUCAAUAUUGCUUGGGUUCUCCCAUGCACAACCUAAUCUCCGCACAUCAUCUGAGAAACGUCACAAUCUCCAUUUGUAUUUGUUGUUGUAACCAUUUAGGUUUUGUACAGUUAGAUAAACAUUCAAUCAUACCGACCAGACACUAAAAACCUGCUUCUUCAUCUUUACUGCCUGCUCUCCUUCUGUUAUUGUUUCUUUAAUGUUUCACGCUUCCAUCCUCAUCUACUUUGUUUAACAGUAGCUCGUGUGAUGAUUAGUCAGUUUCAUUAUU